AUGAUAUUUGACUAUAGUUUUUGGUUGGCUAUGCAGAGAUACCACUCUUCCAGGGUCCUUACACUUAUAUAUCAGCCAUUUGCGCUUGGAACACUUGCAGUUCUUGCAUACUACGAGGCAAAAAUCAACACUCGUUUGCGGAAUUUCUUUGGAUACAUUCUUUUCUUCUUCAGCACUCUUUUGGUUUUAGUUGUGAGCUUACCGUCAUCAGGGAAAGGAGGACUUGGAACCUUUGUUGGAAUCUGUGCACUCAGUGGGGCAUUUGGACUCGCAGAUGCUCAUGUACAGGGCGGUGGAAUGGUUGGUGAGCUCUCCUUCAUGCAACCGGAAUUUGUUCAGUCAUUUCUCGCUAGUUUAUCAGCAUCUGGAGCUCUAAUCUCUGCUUUGAGGUUAAUUACAAAAGCAGCAUUCGACAAUUCACAGGAUGAACUUCGCAAGGGAGCCAUUUCAUUUCUUGCCAUCUCUGCAUUUUUUGAGCUUCUUUGUGUUCUUCUGUACGCAUACGUUUUCCCAAAACUGGCCAUCGUGAAGUACUACUACUCUAAGGCAGCCUCGGAAGGGUCAAAAACUGUUUCAGCUGAUCUUGCUGCGGGUGGCAUUGAAACAUUGCUACAACCAGAAUCUGAGGAAGAUCCAGAACAACUCGAGCGGCUGGGCAACAAGGAGCUACUACUGCAGAACAUUGAUUAUGCAAUUGAUACGUUUCUCGACCUGUUAUGGCUUAUAGGCAAGGGAUGAUGAACACUGAAUUUUUCUGAAUUUGGAAUGAGGAUUGUCUGCUAGGAGGUAAAGACUAUAAAAUUCAUGGAACGAGGAUUCAUGAUGCGAUUGGCAAAAUAUAAAGUUAGUAAAUCCAUUUAAACUUGGUGGAUGUUCUGAACCAAUCCUUUCUUUUUUUUUUCUUUUUUUUUUUAACACAAGAUCUCUAGCAGGAGAGAGAUUUUACUGUCAGUUGAGCUACAUUAUCGUCGGCACCUAAUCCUUAUUUCGAGUCGAAAUGAUUCUCCUUUGAACAGUUUCCUAGAAAGGUAGAAGAGUAGAGACUCUUUUUUUCUCCUUCUAACAUUUUUGUUUUGGACAUAUAGAUAUAUGACUUAU